AUGUCUCACUUUGCAACACCUUUUAUUGUCGCCAACUUGGGAUGUGAAAUGGUAUUUGUUAUAGAACAAAGGUUGAAAGCCCAAAAUAUUGGAUUGGACAAAUCGGACAGAGUACUCACUGAUGUGGUGACAGUCCUCUUGCACCCAAAGCUUCUGGACGAGCUAUUUAUACCGCAGCCGGUCGCAGCGCACGCAGUCAUCAAGCAACUGAUCCAAGAUAUAUCAGCUACGUCAAUUAUGAAACUCGACGACUACUCAAUGAGCAAGCUUUGGGAUCUAAUGACCAUGAUAUUCAAAUGGCAAUUAGCUGUGGCCACAACACAAAACAUCUUUGACAUUACCCGGCGACAUCUAAAAAGUGUAGCCACAUUGAUGCCUCAAUAUUUCCCAAAAUACAUUAUUGAACAAGCGAUGAGACGAUUUGAAAAUUUGGCACAACGCUUCACGGACGACGACUAUAAAUGCCUUAAUAACACCAUGAUACUGUGGUUCUCAGAAUAUCACACAAAAAUUUCUGUACUCUUGAGACUUGGUCUACAAAAUAAGGAUGGCACGUUUUGCUUACCGGCAACCAUUCCGCCAAACAUUUUGAAAAAUUUAGGAGAAAAUAUUUAUAAAUAUGAUAAUAAGAAAAAUCCAAUCGAUAAAUAUGAGAGUUCUUGUGCCGACAGCAGUGAAAUAAAUUGCCUUUUAGCGUCCAUAGAAAAUAUAGUAACAAAAAGUAAAAUUCAAUUACAAUUGCCUAUCGAGUUCGGAAAAAGCGACUCAAAGAAGAAAACCUUAGAUAUAGCAAAAGACAUUCAUUUCGAAAGUAUUGAUACUAAUGUAAAGACUAAAAACCAGGAUCUUACAUUUAUUCCAAACAUUCCGAAAUCAACUCAAGAGGAUCUCUUAGAAAUGUUAGAUGAUAUCAAUUUGUAAUUAUGCUUAGUAUAAAACUCAUGCCUCGUUUUAAAAUACGGAAAACACAGGAUUUCAUAUUUUUGUGGCAACACUAAAAAUAAUUUGUCGUCAUUUCAAACAACCAUAGUCUAUGGUGGGGUAUUUCUUCGAACACUUAUCUAGCGUAUUGCGAUAAUAGCGAGGCACAGCAUGACGCGCGGGUCCCUAAUGUUCAUAGAUCCAUAAAUUAUUUCUUAGAAUGUAAUCAACAAAACUACUGUACCUACUUAGUUUAAAUAAACAGUAUGUACAUAUUAAGGGGUUUUUAAUAUUUUUUCUGUUAGAAUUCCCUAAGAAAAUACAAUCCUUGCGAUUUACGAUAUUUAUGUACUAACUAAAUUAAUGAGCCCAAAAAUGAAUUUUAUAUUUUUAAAAUAUUUAACUAAGUAUAUAUAACUUAUGUAGGUGCUUACAUAAGGCCAAGCUUUUGUCCCCGAAGGGACUGGCAUAGAUAUUUCAACGUUCUAUUUUUAAGUUAAUCAUAUUUUUUUUUUAAAUAAGUAAUUUGCUCGAUUUGUAGGAGAAUCGAACCCAAAACCUUGUCGAUUUCUAAAGUUGAUACUAGCUAGUUCUCCCAGCAAUAUAUUGCACAUGAACUUCCAGAUGAGUGUACAAAUUACAGUAACGGCUUGAAGAUAGAUUUAAAUUAGCAAUAAAACUUGCAGAAGUUGACUUCCGCAAGCGACAUUUGCCCUGUAAACAAUCACUGCAAGGUGACUUGUAUGUAAUGACUAAAUAUUGCCGCUAGUGUAAAUGCAUCUGCAAGGACUUGCUAGUCUAAACUUGGCUUUACGUUGUAAUAUCUAAUUACCAAGGAAGCGAAGUCAGCGGGUUACAACUUACAAUGUCUCCUUGUAAUCGAGAAUUACCGUCUUUGAAAGAUAAAAAUAUCGUUUUCUAGACAAAAUAACAUUGAAUGAGUUAUUUCUUUUUUUUUAUUGCUAUCAAUUAUCAAAGGCAGACAAGGAAGAUCAAUAUAACGAGGGGCGUAAAAAAAACGUUCCCCAAAUUUGUAAUUCGGGUUAUACUAUAAUUGGGGAGUUCCGGUAACUAUAUGCACGGUAAUAUGGUGAAAUCAUCAUCAUCAUCUCAGCCACAGGAAGUCCACUGCUGAACAUAGGCCUCCCCCAAGGAUCUCCAC